GACAGCUGCGCCUGCGCGUCAGUUUGGACCGGGCCGGGCCGGACCGGAGCCCGCUUAGCCGGAGCCGGACGGUGGCCGUCCUGGGACACGCGUGGCCAUGGGCCUCACGGCUAGCACGGAGCAGCCCGAGGGCGGCGCGGAGGGAUUCCACCUGCACGGGGUGCAGGAGAAUUCCCCCGCCCAGCAGGCCGGCCUGGAGCCCUUCUUUGACUUCAUCAUCACCAUUGGCCACUCGAGGCUGAACAAGGAGAGCAGCACCCUGAAGGACCUGCUGAAGGCCAACAUGGAGAAGCCGGUGAAGCUGGAGGUGUACAGCAUCAAGACCCUGCGGGUGCGUGAGGUGGAGGUGGUGCCCAGCAACAUGUGGGGGGGCCAGGGCCUGCUGGGGGCCAGCGUUCGCUUCUGCAGCUUCCAGAGGGCCAACGAGCACGUGUGGCACGUCUUGGACGUGGAGCCUUCGUCCCCGGCGGCCCUGGCUGGGCUUCGGCCCUACACCGACUACGUGGUUGGCUCAGACCAGAUACUCCAGGAGUCAGAGGAUUUCUUCACGCUCAUCGAGUCCCAUGAGGGGAAACCCUUGAAGCUGAUGGUCUAUAACUCUGAGACUGACUCGUGCCGAGAGGUGGUCGUGACUCCCAAUGGUGCCUGGGGUGGAGAAGGAAGUCUAGGAUGCGGAAUUGGAUAUGGGUAUCUGCACCGAAUCCCGACCGUCAGCCCAAAGAAGCCCCUGGAGACUAGUCCGCCUCUGGCCCUUCCCCCUGAAACCCUGUUGUUCAGCCCAGGCCAGGGAGGCUACACAGAGGCUUCACUGCAGGCACCAGAUUCCCCGCUUGAUGGGGCUGCAGAUGUCCUCAAUGUGGUCCAAUCCUCAGCCCCAAGGAGGGGUGCUUAUUCUGUGGAGACUUCUCUUCAGCCGCCUCCCCCAGUCCAACGAGUCAUGGACCCAGGGUUUCUUGAUGUCUCAGGUAUUGCCCUUUUGGACUCCACCGAUGUCCCCCCUCUGCCCAACACAGCGUCCUCUGUCUCCCUCCCCUCUUUGGGGGAGUCUGUGAUGGGAGCUGAGGGUGUCCUCACCAGCAGGGAGCCGCUUGAAUACAAAGAUGAAGCCGCAGGGUUAGGGUCGGACCACGAGGGGGCUGUCCUGGAUGGCCCCGAAGGGGCACAUUUGCAGCAGCCAGAUCCUUGCUCACCUGUGACCCUUCCCCAAGAUGUCUGCUCCAAGGCAGCACUUGAGACCAACGAAGCCCCUGACCUUCUCCUGACCCAGGCUGAGGCACCGCCUGCUGGGGAGGGUGAGGUUCGAGCUGAAUUAGAGGGGACAGGCGCUGCCCUCAAGUAGCGCACCUGCAUGCUCGGCCCAGCCCCUGCCCCGAAGACUCCCCUUGGCUUCCUGUCCUCCUGAAUGUCUCCGUGCCAGCUGAUUGGGUACCAGCGACCUCUGCUGAUCACAGUCCUAGAUCGGAGGCUCUGAUGGUGUGUGCGGCCAGGGAAGUCCACAGCCCACCAGAUGCCACAUUGGGUGCUCUGCCCUGACUUAGCUUCUCUGGUGGCCUUCGGAGCCUGGGGCCUUCCCAGGUCAUGGAGAUGCAGACUUUGUGCCGGAGCCUCCUGGCUCAACUCCUGGAUGUCUGGGGUAGGAAAAGCAGUGAGGAAACUUUCCGGGCACUUCCUAGGAAGCUCCCCCCGAGUCGGCCUUGCUGUGGCAUCAGUGGGAAUCGAGUGUCUCGCCCUCCUCAGUUUUCUUCCAUCUCGGUGGCUCAGGCGGUGACUCUGAGCAGUUGGCUCACGUGAAGGGCCUGGACAAGGAAGCGACAGCUUGCUGAUGAGCCAAGGGUUUGGGGGGGCUCCCGAGGGGUGUGGGAUUGUCCAGACAAGACUGUUGCCAGGGGCUUCUGUCUCAAGAGGCUUGCUGGCACUUAGUCUGGGCCUAGAUUGAUUAUUUAUAGAGUAAUAAAGGCCAAGUCCCCUGGAGGGGAUGGGCUACAUGGUACAGUCAUUAGAAGUAGGGCCCACUGGUGCAGGGCAUGGGGAAGGCACUGUUUUUAGGGCUGGGGCAUUUCCCAUCCUGGUCACCCUGGGUUGGCCCACAUGCCUAUUACUGGGGAAUGAAGGAGAGGGAUGGAGGGGGUGGGAUCGGGGGGAGGCGGGCACCAAAGGCAGGAUCCGUCCUUCCUGUCCCAUCUCCCCUCAUCCCAGAAGCGCUGCUAAGCCUUGUGAUCAGAGCAUGUGUGUGUGCCCGGGAGGAUGGUGCCCUUGGCUUGGGGGGGCACAGGCACGGGCACAGCGGGAGGCUUGGGUUUCUCGUGAUUCUGGGUGUAUUUGGGGGUGAUGUUAACACUAAUCUGACGCUGGGUAGAUUCCUUGGCCCUUUGAUAAAGUUGUUUUAGUUUGCUGGGGUUUGUCCUUGUUUUCUUCUUUGUUCUCUUGCACA